AUGCCCGAACACGACCCCUUGGUCCUCUCUUUCUCUCACUUGAAGGAGUUCCCGCGCGAGAAAGAUGCACUGCGCACUUUACAGAAAGUCGCUUCCUUGGUGAAGCCGAUCAUGCGAGCGCGAGGCUGGAAGGUGGGACAGCUGGCGGAGUUCUGGCCCGACCAGCAGAACCUUCUUGGCUUGAAUGUCAACCGCGGACAGAAGAUUCUGCUCCGUCUUCGCUAUCCUGGCGAUAAGAGCCAGUUCCUCCCCAUCGAGCAGGUCACCGACACCAUGCUGCAUGAGCUGUCGCAUAUCGUUCACGGGCCGCACGAUGGCAAGUUCCAUGCGCUAUGGAACCAGCUACGAGAUGAACACGAGGGGCUCAUACGGAAGGGCUACACUGGCGAGGGCUUCCUGUCGGAAGGCCACCGCCUCGGCGGCAGCAGACAGAUACCCAUGCAUGAGGCACGGCGGUUGGCAAGGGCGGCGGCAGAGAAGCGCAGGGUCCUCACGGCGGGCUCUGGGCGCAAGCUUGGAGGAGCGCCCGUACGACCUGGACAAGAUAUCCGAAGGGUGAUUGGGGAUGCGGUGGAGCGCAGGAACAAGACCAUGAAGGGAUGCGGUGAUACCCAGCUUAACGAGAAGGAGAUCCAAGACAUCUCAGACAACGCUACGAGGAACGGCUUCAGGACGCAGGCCGAGGAAGACGCUGCCAACGAGGCGGCGAUUGCACAAGCUCUAUGGGAGCUGGUCCAGGAGGACGAGAAGGCGAAAUACGGCAGUUCCUACGUCCCGCCCACUGCGGCGAACCCGGAAGGUAACGGCGGUGGUGCGUUUCUGCCAGAUCAGAACGGAGCCAGCUCGUCGGGGACGAGUUCAGCGCCGCCAGUGCCUGAAUGGUCGCGCCCACCACCACCAGCCAAGGAGGAGGUAGCCAAGCCGCCUCCACCGCCGAAGCCGCAAACUCGACCAGUAUCGCCGACACCGACAAACGGCUGGACCUGCAAUAUCUGCACUCUGCAUAACCCUUCCAACUAUCUAGCCUGCGAUGCCUGCGGAACAGAACGGCCCGAAGACGUCACCAGAACGCUAGCCCAGGAGAGGGCAUCCAAGCGGCCGAGGUCAAACGUCCCCGCGACGAGCAGUGACCUGACGAACUCGCGCAUCGUGACAUUCAAGAACAGCAAGAGCGGGGCCAGCUCGAGCGCACCACCUGCGCCGCCGGGCCCCGCGUAUUGGGAGUGCUCAUUCUGCGGCAAUGUCAUGGAGCGCCAGUGGUGGACGUGCUCUCAGUGCGGCGUGAUGAAGAAUAGCUCGAAAUGA